AUGCCGUCCUCAUCACCAUACCCGGCUCUCAUCACCGCCUCAUCCGCCGACAAUGAAGCCACAGCUAGCCUAGACCUACCCAGAAUCCUGUGCCUCCACGGCGGCGGCACCAACGCACGCAUAUUCGCAGCUCAGUGCCGCGUGUUGCGAGCAGCUCUGUCUUCGACCUUCAGACUCGUCUUCGCGGAGGCGCCGUUCCCGUCUCGGCCGGGACCCGAUGUUGUCUCCGUCUACGGCACAUGGGGUCCCUUCAAGAGCUGGCUACGCCUCCAAGACGACGAUGCCCCCGGCCUAGACAGCGUAGACAUUGUCGAAGCCGUCGACGCUAGCCUUGCCGACGCAAUGAUCGGCGACGAUGCCCUUGGCGCCACGGGCCAGUGGGUCGGCCUGCUCGGCUUCAGCCAGGGGGCCAAGAUGGCCGCCAGCCUGCUCCUCCGGCAGCAAGCUCGAGCCACCUUCAGCCGGCAUUCCAGAAUCUCCACGUUCCGUUUUGCCGUCCUGUUCGCCGGCCGAGCGCCCCUGGUUGCCUUGGACAAUAGCCUGCAGUUGGUGGGAGGGUACCUGGCAGAUGCGGUUCAAAUAAGCAGUUCAGCUGUUGCGAAUAAGCUCUCCAUGGUUGAUGACGACGACCAUCUGCUGCGGCUGCCCACAAUACAUGUCCAUGGCCUGAGUGACCCGGGGCUGCUGUUGCACCAGGAUCUGCUGGAGCACUUUUGCUCGGAAGAGAGCGCAACCGUCGUCGAGUGGGGAGGGCCUCAUAGGAUGCCGAUCAAAACAGCUGAUGUUCAGAAAGUUGUCACCGAGAUGUACCGAAUAGCCGCAGAAAGUGGUGCUAUUGGAGAAUACGACUUUUUAUAA